CUCAGGAAACGUCUUGGCAAUUGAGCCCGAGCAGGGAUGGCGGAGCACAUGUGGUCGUCACUUGGGCCAGGAGAGGGAUCCUAAAAGGGAGGUCUGGGGUGAUGGUAUGGUGGCGCACUCAUAUCUGUUGUGGAGAAAGAGCAGUUGUAGAGCCUCUUGGGUGCCGUUUGCACGACGUAUGCAGCCUCUUCAUUAUGGUCGCUUCACAGUUCGAGGCGGAAGGUGCAGUCUGACUGUUUGGAGCUUUGGAGCUUCGACUUGUGACAUCACCUGGCAUGUGGAAGUGGUGACGUGAUUAGGGUUAGGGUCAUUUGUGCAUGAUGGGUAAUGGGAGGGGGCCCAAGGUGGAAGGCAAGGGGGGCAGCGACAACGGGGAUAUAUGCGUGAGGGGACUGGCCUGGGUGACACGGGAGGAUGGGUUGAGGAAGUACUUUGAGCAAUUUGGCAAGUUAACAACGUGUACAGUAAAGGAGGACGCCGACGGCAGAUCACGCGGCUAUGGCUUUGUCAAUUUUGAAGACCCUGCGCUCGUCGAUCAAGUGAUGGCACAGCAAGAGCAUGUUAUAGAUGGUAGGAAGGUCGAAUUGCGCCCACCUUUAGACAAGGAGGAGCGGCACGCAAUAAAGAAGGUCUUCAUCGGCAUGGUGCCGGCCAAUAUGACGCCCGAGCUGCUUGAAGAGCAUUUUUCACAGUUUGGUAAAGUGACUGACGUCUUUCUGCCAAAGCCCAAUAGGGGAUUUGCCUUUGUAACCUAUGAGAAGGGCGAGGCAGCCAAGGCAGCCCUGAAUACUGCGGAGCAUAUGGUGGGGGGGCACAAACUCCAGGUGAAACUCCCCACCCCCAAGAUGACGGCCGGCCCAGCGCAGCAGCUAAAUCCGUUCCAAAAGGCGCAGAUGCUACAGCAGACGCAGCAGAUGCAGUUCGCACAGCAAGCAGCGACCUCACAGGGGAUGCAGUACAGCGGGGGAGGCCCUGCGCUGCUCAGCCCAUACGCUAUGCAGGGCUACCUGGGGCCAGGAAGCUAUCCUGCAGUGCCAGGAGCAAGGCCUACGUAUGGAGCGAUGUACCCCGAUCCGCAGCAGUACGCUGCGUACGGCCUUCUCCCCGAUUUUGCCAACUUCCACAUAGGACAGCCUCAGCAACCGGGGCACUCCACCGGGCAGCCGAGCCAGCCGAUCCAGCAGCAAGGGGCUCAGCAACCGGGCUAUCAACAGCAGUCGGGGCAUCCUUCCGGGUUCCAGGGUGGCCAGGUGGAUCACUCUGCAACUCAGCAGAUGGCCAUUCCGGGCGGAGGCCUAGUGCCCGGUAGGACCCAACCGGGCACCCAAGAGCACAGCGACGAACUGUCCAACGGCAGCCACCAGGGGCUCCCAUCUUCCACCGACUUUGCAACAUACACCGGGGUGCAGCCGAGCGAGGGGAGCUCGCCACCUGGCGGGGCCCAGAGCGCGCCACCUGGCAUGGUUCCGGUUCCAGGAGGCAUGUAUUACGAGGGGCAGCAACCUAUGGGCUCAGGCGGGAGUGUGCUCCAGUCGCCCGUGCAGGGGGGAGUGAUGCCCCAGGAGUAUUUUAUGCCCGGCAUGCUCCCAUACGGGUAUGGCUCGAUGGGGUCGUAUAGCCCGUACGGAUACCAGCCAGCCUACAGAGGCGCCCGCCUUUUGAACACGACGCAACUGUUCAUCACCAAUCUUCCGUACAGCGCAACCUGGCAGGAGCUCAAGGACUUCUUUAAGCAGUACGGUCACGUCCACCGGGCAGAGAUCAUCCUGGACGAGAGCGGCAACUCCAAGGGCCGUGGCACCGUGCGCUUCUCCAACAACUACGAGGCGACUCACGCGAUGAUGUACGCCCAGAACGCUCUUUUCAAGGGCAGGCCCCUGAGUGUACGAGAAGACCGGCAACUGGGCUCCGGUGUAUCCUAAUAUCUCAAUUGAAGUUUUGUACUAUGUACAAUGUUCGAAUGAUAGAUAGCCACAUUUCGGUUCUUGAGGAGACUUCAAAUUAAGCAGCCUUUAGAAAUAUGAAAGGUCGAAAGUCGAGCUGUUAAGGAUAGGGCAGGUCGGUCGCACGAGAAAACCCAACAAAAGGAUAACAUACGCGACGCCACAGAGAUAUUCUGUACAGACAGACAGCAUUGGAGAAGACGUAGGAUACGAGGCACUAGCUGUAGCUCAGCUUUGGCAGACUAAAGCUUAUGGGCCUUUCCGCCCCCCACGAGAUCAGGGAUGUACAAAAGCGGGUGCGGCAGUGCCACCCUCUUGCAGAGGUACAAUUCAUUGGACAACUAGACCUUGUAUCAUGAUACUCGAUUGGGAAUAUCUUAGUUUCUCCUUGUUGUAAAG